AACCAAACAAACAGUGGCGUGGACGAUGAGCUCGCUGGCCGAUUCGUUCCUCGAAGAUCUCGACGAGCUCAGUGGCAGCAGUAGCGAGAGCGACCACCAUGACGACGACGACAUGGGCGUCGAGGGCGAUGACGACGCGGACGCAGCCGAAGCCGCGAAGAAGGAGGCCGACGUCGACGCCAUCCUGCGCGCCGCCGCCAACUCGGGCCAAGGCCUCGCCGCCGUGGCCCAGCUGCGCAAGAAGGCUUCGUACGGUGAGCAUAUCAAGUCUGUGGACGCAUACUUGGUCCAGGGCACGUCGCAGGCCACGCACGCGCUCGACGGCGCCGAGUACCAGCUCAUUGUCGCGUCCAACGACCUCAUGGUGCGCAUCGACGACGAGAUCAUCAUCGUGCAUCGCUUCCUCAUUGAGCUCUACGGCAAGAAGUUCCCGGGCCUCGAGACGCUCGUGCCGGCGCCAUUGGACUACGCACGCGUCGCGUCGCGGAUUGCCAAUGAGACGGACAUGACGCUCGUCGACAUCACGGACCUCGUACCGAGCGCGACCGUCAUGAGCAUCCAGCUCACGGGGUCGUCGGGCAAAGGCGUCCUUCUAUCGUCCGACGACUUGCAGAUGCUGCACGACACGUGCAACGAGAUCAUUACGCUCGACAGCGACAAGGCCAAGAUCCUCCAGUUUGUCGAGAGCCGCAUGCACUUUUUGGCGCCCAACCUCUCGGCGCUCAUUGGCACGCGCAUCACUGCGCAGCUCAUUGGUAUCGCGGGCGGUAUUGACGAGCUCAGCCGCAUUCCGUCCUGUAAUAUCCAAGUGCUCGGCCAGCAAAAGCGCGUGCUCGCGGGCUUCUCGAGUAUCUCGACGCUGCGCCACACGGGGAUCCUCUUUGGGUGCGAGCUCAUCCAGAACCUGCCGCCCGACCUCCGGAAGAAGGCGAACCGCGUCGUUGCUGGUAAAGUCGCGCUGGCCGCGCGCGUCGACAGCCAGCCGCACCGCACGUCCAGCUGCGGCCAGCAGUUUUACGUCGACUUGCUCGACAAGUUUGAAAAGUGGCAGGCACCCAACAAGGCCAAGACCAAGAAAGCGCUACCACGCCCGGACGAGAAGCCGCGGCGGAAGCGCGGCGGGAAGCGCUACCGCAAGAUGAAGGAGCGCACGCAGAUGACCGACGUCCGGCGCGAAAUCAACCGGCAAAAUUUUGGCGCGGCCAACGACGAGUAUGGCGACAACGCGAUGGGCAUCACGUCCGGACGGCUCGGCGCGGAAGGCAGCGGCACGCUCCGCGUCAUCAAGAAGGCCCAGAAGCAGACGAAGCUCAAGCUCAAGGCCGCGACGUACACCAACAAGCACACGUCGGGCCUCGCCUCGAGCCUUGCGUUCACGCCGGUCCAGGGCAUUGAGCUCAUGAACCCAUCGGCCGCGGCGGACCGCGUGCGUGAAGCCAACAAAAAGUACUUUGGUGCGACCAACGGCUUCGUUUCGACGAUCACGCCGCAGCCCAAACCCUAAGUGUACCCUAACCCGACUACAUGUGUUGGCGCCACCACGGUGACGGAGUCAGAGGUUAGGAGGUUCAAAAAUGGGACGGACAAC